AUGAAUGAUGAGAAAAAGGUACAUGUUGCUUUAAUGUAUUUAGAAGGGAGAGCUGAUGUAUGGUUCCAAGAUUAUAAUGUGGGCAAAGAGUAUAUUUUUUGGGGUGUAUUCAUUAAGGAUCUAUGUUCACGCUUUCAAGAGCUUGGACAUGAUGAUAUAGUAGGGGAAUUUAACAAAUUGAGUCAGGUGGGAACUGUAUUAGAAUAUCAAGAGGUUUUUGAGCAGUUGAAAGCAUUGAUGUUAGCUAAGAACAGACACCUUACUGAAGAUUACUUCACUUCCAGUUUUAUCAGUGGACUAAAUGAAGAGUUAAGGAUUGUUGUUCAAAUGUUUUCACCAGUCACACUAGAGAAGGCUAUUUACUUAGCCAGAAUGCAGGAAGUCCUCAUUGAUAGCACAGCUAAGAAGCUCAGAACUAACAGAUUUGGCCAUAGAAAUUUGGUCACUAGCCCAAAGUCUACUUCACCAUCACCAAGAGGGAAUGUCUCCACCAGCCCAAGACUGCCUCCAGUUAGAAGACUUACUUAUGCUGAAAUGAAGGCUAUGAAGGACAAGGGGUUAUGCUACAACUGUGAUGAAGAAUUCAAGACUAGUCAUAAAUGCAUCAAGCAACAGCUAUUUAUGUUGGUAGCUGAGGAGGAGAAGCCAGUUUUCUCUGAAGAAGAUUCACCUUCCAACUCUCCAGUAAUACAAGAAGUGACUGAUGAGGAAGUAGAAAUCUCAGUUCAUGCUUUGUCAGGUAACAUAUCCCAAAGUACAAUUAAAAUUCAUGGCAAAACUCAAAAUAAGCAUCAUAUCACUAUUUUGGUAGAUAGUGGCAGCACACAUAGCUUUAUAGAUCCUAAAAUAGCCAAACUAAGUGGGUGUUUUAUUGAGCAAACAGCUUCCUUUCAAGUAGCUGUUGCUGAUGGAAACAAGUUAGUUAGUUCAUCUAAGUGUCCAAACUUCCAAUGGGAAAUGCAAGGCAAUAAGUUUCAAUUUGAUAUGAAGGUAUUAGCUCUUGGAGGCUGUCACAUGGUACUUGGAGUAGAUUGGAUGAAAGGAAUAAAUCCUCUGCAGUUUGACUUCAAGAAGUUAACAAUUUCUUUCCACGGGAAUGGGAAGAAUAUGGUAUUACAUGGCAUUACUGAAUCUACUGGUAUAUCACUAAUGACAGGAGAGGAGUGUGACAAAAGGUUAAAUGAAAUCACAGUCAAGAAUAAGUAUCCAAUACCUGUCAUUGAUGAGCUUCUAGAUGAGCUAAAGGGAGCUAAGGUAUUUACUAAAAUAUACUUGAAAGCUGGCUAUCAUCAGAUAAGGGUUUUUCCAGCUGACAUCCACAAGACAUCCCUCAAGACACAUCAGGGACAUUAUGAGUUCUUGGUAAUGCCAUUUGGGCUUACAAAUGCUCCAACAAGCUUCGAAGCUCUAAUGAAUGAUAUUUUCCAGCCUUAUUUGAGAAAAUUUAUACUGGAGGUUGUUACUACUACUCCUGUUUUAGCACUCCCAGACUUCAAUAAACCUUUUGAAGUAGAAACUGAUGCUUGUGAUGUUGGGGUUGGAUCUGCAUUAAUGCAAGAAAAGAGGCCAAUAGCCUUUUUCAGCAAAGGUAUGGGCUCUAGAUUCUUAGCCUUAUCCACUUAUGAAAAAUAA